AUGUCCUGGGAAAAUGUGAGCUUCAACUUCGAGCGGUAUGACCAAGACAACUUGAGUCGAGGCAACCUCUUGGCAGACGGCAGACGGCAGAAGGAACAGAGAAUGGACGUCAAAUCGGCCCGGACCAUGAGGGUGUUUGAGAUAUCGGCAGGCGCACAAGUCACAACCAUCGAUGCUUUUCUGGUCGAAGCGAAGACUUGA